AGAUUUCUAGAAGUUAGGAAAUCUCACGUUUACCACUUAUCUUUGGUGUAAAAAUGCAAGGGUAGCCUUGGUUUUUCACUACAUCUUCAAAAUUCCAGGGCCAACUAGCAAUUCUUUUCUCUAUAGAAGUUUAAAACUUAAACACUUUCCUUUUUUCUUUUAAACAUUUUACACAAAGAAAGAUACAUUGAGAGAGAUUGCCUAUGAGGAGAUCGAAUGCAAGCGACUAUUUUGAGUUUGAUACAGAAGGGGCCAAUGCUGAGUCAUUUUAUAGACCGUCAAACGCAGAGGUGGUUCUGCAAGAUGAGGAAGACCUUAUGUGGGAAGCAAUCUCUCGAUUGCCAUCAAUGAAACAAGGGCGUUUCGCAAUUUUGAAAAGGACUUCGUCGGAGAUUGAACAUGAUACAGAAGGAGGAGAAAGAGAAAGUGGAACUGCAGAGACGAUUGAUGUGACGAGGCUUGAUCGAUCUAGAAGAGAACUAGUUGUAAAGAAAGCAUUGGCUACCGAUGAUCAAGAUAAUUAUAAGCUUCUCUCUGCCAUUAAAGAUCGCCUUGAUAGAGUUGGAUUGGAGGUGCCAAAGGUUGAAGUAAGGUUUCAGAACUUAAACAUCGAAGCCAACGCUCAUAUUGGGUCAAGAGCUUUACCUAAUUUACUCAAUGUUACUCGCGACUUCUUCGAGCGUAUCCUAAUAGGAUUGAGCAUUUUGCGUCCUAAUAAAUGUCGGUUACACAUAUUGAAAGACAUCAGUGGUAUUGUUAAGCCAGGAAGGAUGACGUUGCUUUUAGGACCACCAGGAUCGGGCAAAUCCACCUUGCUUUUAGCUCUUGCUGGGAAACUUGACUACAAAUCUUUGAAGGUCAGUGGUGAUAUUACAUACAAUGGCACAAACCUCAAUGAAUUCUAUGUAAGAAGGACUUCAGCAUACAUUAGCCAAACAGAUAACCACUUACCAGAGCUAACUGUUCGAGAAACAUUUGAUUUCGCUGCUAGGUGUCAAGGUGCAAGUGAGGGCAUGGCAGGGUGUAUGAAGGAAUUAACCAAACUAGAAACAGAAAAUAAUAUACGCCCAGCUCCGGAGAUUGAUGCUUUCAUGAAGGCAUCAUCUGUCGGGGGUAAAAAGCAUAGCAUUUCAACAGAUUAUAUCUUAAAAGUGCUUGGCCUUGACGUAUGUUCAGAAACUGUCGUCGGAAGUGACAUGCAAAGAGGUGUCUCCGGUGGACAAAGAAAAAGAGUUACUACAGGAGAAAUGAUUGUUGGGCCGAGAAAAACUCUUUUUAUGGAUGAAAUAUCCACUGGACUUGAUAGUUCUACAACAUUCCAAAUUGUAAAAUGUGUGAAAAAUUGUGUUCAUCUAAUGGAAGGAACUGUACUCAUGGGUCUACUACAACCUGCACCGGAGACAUAUGAGCUAUUUGACAAUAUAAUGUUGUUAUCUGAGGGAUAUAUGGUGUAUCAAGGCCCUCGAGAAGAUGUUUUGGAAUUCUUUGAGUCAUUAGGAUUCAAAUUGCCACCGCGUAAGGGUGUUGCAGAUUUUCUUCAAGAGGUGACCUCUAAAAAAGAUCAAGCUCAAUACUGGGCUGAUCCAUCGAAGCCAUAUGAGUUUAUUCAUGUUUCAAAAAUGGCAGAUGCAUUUAAAAAUUCUAGAUUUGGAAGGUCUCUAGAGUCAACACUUAAUGUUCCAUAUGAUAAAUCUCGGAUCCAUCCUUCAGCUUUGUCCAAAACAAAAUAUGCUGCAUCAAAAUGGGAACUUUUAAAAUCGUGCUUUGCACGAGAAAAACUACUGAUCACUCGGCAUCGUUUCCUUUACAUCUUCAGGACAUGCCAGGUGGCAUUUGUGGCAUUUGUGACGAGCACACUAUUUUUCCGAACAAGACUACAUCCUAGAGAUGAGAAUGAUGGCAACCUCUACCUCUCAUGCCUUUACUUCGGGGUGGUGCAUUUGAUGUUUAAUGGAUUUACUGAGCUACCCCUUAUGAUAUUUCGACUCCCAGUGUUUUACAAACAACGAGAUAAUCUAUUUCAUCCUCCAUGGGUAUGGUCUAUCGUCAGUUGGAUUAUACGUGUACCUUACUCUGUUUUUGAGGCUGUAGUAUGGUCUUGUGUUUCGUACUUCACCGUUGGUUUUGCCCCUUCUGCUGGGAGAUUUUUCCGCUUCCUGUUAUUAAAAUUUGUAGUACACCAAAUGUCAAUUGGUCUAUUUCGAACCGUGGCUGCUCUUGCUCGAGAUAUAGUCGUCGCCAAUACCUUCGGCUCAGCUGCACUUUUAAUUGUAAUGUUAAUGGGUGGAUUUCUUAUGCCUAAAGACCAGAUUAAGCCAUGGUGGGUUUGGGCUACAUGGCUAUCACCGUUACAGUAUGCGCAAAGAGCAAUAUCUGUUAAUGAAUUCACAGCCACGAGGUGGAAAAAGAUAUCUGCUACUGGAAACAAUACAGUUGGAUACAAUGUGCUUCAUUCACAUGCUCUACCUUCUGCUGGAUAUUGGUAUUGGCUUGGAGUUGGUGUGUUAAUAGGUUAUACCCUGCUUUUCAACAUCAUUGUGACUCUGGCCCUAGCCUACCUGAAUCGUAGGAUUCUUCUGAUAAUUCUUCCACAAAAUUCAAAAAAAAAAAUCUUUGCAGCUGAAAACGUAGAGUUGGAAUCGGCUUCUCCAUCUGCUCAGGGCAGUAGUAAGAGGGGAAUGAUUCUUCCAUUUGAACCAUUAGCAAUGACUUUUCAUAAUCUCAAUUACUUUGUGGAUAUGCCUGCGGAAAUGAGUGCACAAGGCAUACCUGAAACGAGAUUGCAGCUCCUCUCAAAUGUUAGUGGAGUAUUCACUCCAGGUGUUCUUACGGCCUUAGUCGGGUCCAGCGGAGCGGGAAAGACUACAUUGAUGGACGUGCUUUCCGGAAGGAAAACCGGUGGAUACAUUGAAGGGGAUAUUAAGAUAUCAGGAUACCCAAAGGUACAGGAAACAUUUGCCAGAAUUUCAGGAUAUGUUGAGCAAAAUGAUAUACAUUCUCCUCAAGUCACAGUUGAGGAGUCUCUCUGGUUUUCCUCCAGUCUUCGUCUUCCCAAAGAAAUUAGCAAAGACCAGAAAAUUGAGUUUGUUGAAGAAGUGAUGCGUUUGGUAGAGCUUGAUACACUAAGGAAUGCUAUAGUUGGUUUACCAGGUAGCAGUGGCUUAUCGACAGAGCAAAGAAAACGUUUAACUAUUGCGGUGGAGCUUGUUGCAAAUCCUUCCAUUAUAUUCAUGGAUGAGCCUACAUCUGGACUUGAUGCACGGGCUGCAGCAAUUGUGAUGAGAACUGUUCGUAAUACUGUUGACACUGGAAGAACUGUAGUGUGCACUAUUCAUCAACCCAGUAUUGACAUUUUUGAAGCAUUCGACGAGCUGCUGCUAUUGAAACGAGGAGGUCGGGUUAUAUAUGGAGGGAAACUUGGAGUGCGCUCGCAGAUUUUGAUUGACUAUUUCCAGAGCAUUGAUGGCAUUCCCUCUAUUCCUGAUGGAUACAACCCGGCAACCUGGAUGCUUGAGGUUACAAACCCUGCAGUAGAGCAGAGAACUGAUAGAGACUUUGCAGAUAUAUACCAAAAUUCUGAACAAUAUAGGGAAGUGGAAGGUUCCAUUACACGUUUGAGUGUUCCACCACCAGAUUCACAACCUUUAAAGUUUUCUUCCAUCUAUUCACAAGACCAACUGUCUCAGUUUCUGAUUUGCCUCAAGAAGCAAACUCUUGUGUACUGGAGAAGUCCACGUUAUAACUUGGUGAGACUGGUUUUCACAAUGGUGUGCGCACUAAUAUAUGGCUCCGUCUUUUGGGAUGUUGGUAACCAAAGGCAUACAACUAAAGGUUUGUUUAUGGUUAUGGGUGCCCUUUAUUCCUCAUGCAUAUUUCUUGGGGUCAAUAAUGCUUCCUCAGUACAGCCAAUUGUAUCCAUCGAAAGAACAGUAUUCUAUAGAGAGAGAGCAGCAGGAUUUUAUGCUCCAAUUUCUUAUGCUGCGGCCCAGGGUCUUGUGGAGCUCCCAUACAUUCUUGUUCAAACAAUUUUGUUUGGAGUCAUCACAUAUUUCAUGAUUAAUUUUGAAAGAACAGCCAGAAAAUUUUUUCUUUAUCUUCUCUUCAUGUUUCUUACCUUCACAUAUUUCACCUUUUAUGGUUUGAUGGCUGUUGGUCUCACACCUUCUCAGCAUACGGCAUCAGUCCUCUCUUCUGCCUUUUACUCUUUAUGGAAUCUCCACUCUGGUUUUCUUGUCCCAAAGCCAAGAAUUCCAGGAUGGUGGAUCUGGUUCUAUUACAUUUGUCCUGUUGCAUGGAGCUUAAAGGGUAUUAUCAGCUCUCAGCUUGGCGAUGUCGAAACCAUGAUUGUUGAACCAACAUUUAAAGGCACUGUGAAGGAGUAUGUAUCAACGUCCUUCGGUAUUGAUGUUGGGAUGAUGGGGCCUACAGUGGCAGUCUUACUCGGCUUUUGCAUUUUAUUUUUCAGCGUCUUCACUUUAUCAAUAAAAUUUCUCAACUUCCAAAAAAGAUAGAGCAAUGAAUUACAGAGCUAUGGUCUACAGUUUAAGUGGGACAAAGCAAAAUAGAUGCAUUAAAAGCAAGUAUCAUUCCCGACAUUCCUUAAUGACAUCUAUU